AUGACAUGUCACGAGGCCACCCUGCCACUCCUCCGGGGUAACACAACUUUGGAGUCAGCGCUGGAGCAAGAGGACGACAUUCUCCUUGAACUGGGAUUUCCAGAACAGCGUAUUGAAUUCUUUGUGUCACUGUACAGCAACCGUGAUGAUAUCGAGAACAUUGCAUCAUAUCAUCUCGGCCUCGGUCCUUCAGAAACUUGCCGGAUUGGAGGCGUCAACGAAUGGGUCCACGGCAGCUUCAAUGUUUGCAUUCCGCUCUAUGUCAGCCAAAAAGAUCAGCAUCCGAAUAAGCAAGCUCUCAUCAGGUUCCCUUUACCCUACAAAGUUGGAGAAACUAGAAAUCCUGGAAAUGUUGAUGAAAAACUUCGCUGCGAAGCUGCAACGUUUAUCUGGAUACAUGAGAAUUGUCCGGAAAUACCUAUUCCACAUUUAUGGGGUUUUGGACUUGUUGGUGGCCAAAGUUUUACGAAACCGCAGAAUACCCCUUUGGGGCCCAGAUUUCUUUGGUCAAUCAAAAGAUCCAUUAUGUGGCUCUUGGGAUAUUCCCUGCCCUGUCCCUAUAUUUGCCAUCAACGUUCGACUAUGCUCGAGAGUGGGUACUUGGUUAUGGAUUAUAUUGGCAACUCAGAUGUGCAAAUGCUCUCAGAGACUUGGGAUGAGCACCGCCAUCAACGGGAUAAGACAACAAACCUUUUCAAGGGACUUUGUCGCAUUAUGCUCUCUUUAAGUCGGGUGCCGCUACCACGCAUAGGAUCUUGGACCUUGGACUCGAAUGGGGCUUUGCGACUAUCUAAUCGACCUCUCACUCUUCGACUCCAUCAAUUAGAGAAUGGGGGGAUUUCGACCAACAUUAGUCGAAGUUUGACCUACUCGGCAGCGGACGCAUACUAUCUUGAUCUUCUAUCUUGUCAUGAUAGUCGUAUACGGAACCAGCCAAACUCCGUCAGCGAUGCCGAUGAUGGCCGGGCUCAGAUGGCAAGAUUAACGAUGAUGAGAGCACUCCUACCCCAUUUCUCUAAAAGAGAACAUCGAGAAGGACCGUUUCUUUACAGGCUCACAGAUCUCCAUCCUAGUAAUAUCUUCGUUGACAGCCAAUGGAACGUCAAGUUUGUGAUUGAUCUCGAAUGGGCCUGUUCACUACCAGCCGAAACUUUACGUCCUCCAUACUGGUUGACCGGUCGUUCAGUCGAUGACUUAACAGGAAAGCACCUUGAAGAAUUCAGGGAGGCGUACGAAGAGUUCGUGGGUAUUUUUGAGGAGGAAGAAAAACUCUUUCCUCCUAUCAACAAUGUCUCUUCUUAUAGGACCACUCUAAUGAGAAAUGGUUGGCAAGUCGGAAACUUUUGGUAUUUUCAUGCCUUGGACAGCCCGAAGGGCUUAUUUAACCUCUUCCGUCAACAUGUUUAUCCCAUUUUUGCACCUUCACAUCAGGUUGCUUCCGAGUUUUCGCGGGUCCUAUCGGACUUCUGGGCCCCCGAUGUUGAGGAAGUCAUACUUGCCAAGCUCCGAGAUAAGGAGGAGUAUGACAAGUCACUUUGUCAAUUGUUUGAUGAUACUUCGGACUGUGCCCAAGACGGAGCUUUGGUGCAUUAA